AUGGAACAAACCAUCAAUCCACGACGAAAACCCAUGACAAGAUUGAACCUCUUAGAUACUCAACAACUACCGCACUUAUCUUUUUGUGAGUCUCCAAAACAUAUCCCAAAAUUACGAAUUCCUUCGUCAAAUGUAAGAAAUAAAAUGGUAACGUUAACGGAAAUUGGACUUAAGGCGUACUCCCUAUGGAGCAGGUAGGAGCAUCCUGAAAAACAGAGCCUCUGUCCCUUUUGAGUAAGCCUUCAAGCCUGAGGAUGCCUUGCCGAAGAGGGAUGCUUUGUUUCUCCCCGAAGGUUUUCCUGUCCUGCUAGAUGGGAUAGACAGGCUUUUCCUACUAAAUAGUCUUCCCUUGCUGGGACAUAAUUAAUAUGGUGGGUGGUGAAUAAAAAGGUCCUUGGCGCGAAGAGCCAUCUUGGCCGCAAAAUUCACCUAUAGCCUAAACCAAGGUUCAGGCCCUUUAAUUCUAACCCUUAGCAUGCUUCAAGCUGCCGUAUGGGGUAGGUAAACCUUGGGAUCAGCUGGUGGUGACUCCAUGGCCAGAGUAUUGAUUAUCCGGAGGAAGUGCUGUUCCCUGCGUGGCGAACCUGUCGAUAGCCAAUCAGUGGAGCUGGAAUCGAAGGGAAGGGCUCGCCGCCCUGAAGAAAACUUUCUUCGUUAAUUUUGGAACUGUUCGCCUGCUGCUGGAGUGGGCAUUGAUUUGAUGUUAAGUUGAAGUUGAGCUCUGAUGUUGGCAGAUGGAAGUGGAGACUGUUGUGGUUGUUGUGGUUGUUGUGGAGAUUGUGGUAGAGAUUGUUGUGGAGUGUGCAGCUAGUAGGAUAGGGUUAAAUAAAGCGUUUAGUUUGCUGGGAUCACCGGAUUACUCUACAGAUGGUGGCUCUACCCUAGGGAUCUUAUCCCUUAGAGAGUUGACUCAGAUCUGAAAUCCAAAAUGGUAGCUUUCCAUUUUCCUCAAUCAAACAACGAGGAUUUUGGAGACUGUUAUUUUUGGGGUCAAGACGAGGCAAAGGCUUAUGGUCAGUUAGCCAUUUAAUUUAAUUUAUUCGUCAAAUGUAAACAAAAGCGAUUAUUUGUCUCCUCGCUUGAGAAAACGAGCUGAAACUCAAAGUUUAGCUGACUUUUCUUUUAGUUUUGACCACCAAGAUCUCAAAACUCCAAGAUGUAUAAAGGCAAGCCACGGAAUCGAAGUUUUGCCAAGUCCUAGAGUAAAUUUUACUUCAAGAGCGCAUCGAAGCUCAGUGACUUUUAUUAACAAGAGAGCAAUUGCUACCAAUUUGUUAUUAGAUACUUUUCCACAUAUGUAA